AACCGAUCUUGAGCGUUGAACGGUGGGCGUUGUCCGAAACGUGGCUGGUGCUGGUAGAAGCUCCUCGGGAUUCUGCGAUGCGCGUCCUUGGUGCCACGCUUGUUUGGCUUCGUGUCUUGACGGCAGUGGCUGAUGAAGCUGCAGUCGGUAUUGAAGGCGGCGUCGUGCCCACACUCGUGUGUGCUUCGCUUCCUGAAGACAUCGCCCAAAUCGCGACGCUCACCGAUCGACUCGUCACUACCCAAAGCGCAGUGAUGGCUUGUGAGACUGCGUCGGAUCUUCGUAUAGAAGAAAUCAAGGAUCUCACGGGCAAAGUCAAACGAGCCGAUGAGUUGGCCCAAAUGGCCGAAACAAAGCUCUUAGAAGAGGCGCGCUCAUCUGUAAAGGCUCAGCAAGCGCUCACGGAGUACAAGCGACUGCACAUCACAGCUCUCGCACAGGAAGUUGAGAGACGUGAAAGUGCAGAGAAAGAGGUUGGCGUUCACAAGGCCGCCCAGGCUACACUGUCAGCAGAGCUGCGCGAGCACCAGGAGGCCGUCGACCUGCUGAAGUCAGAACUUGCCAAAGAGAUUGCACGGGGCCUCUCUUUGCAACAAGAUGUCAUGAAAUAUCGUGACGACGUCAUCGAGAUGCUGGCCUCCUACGAACAGCUUAAAGACGAGCACAAGGCGUUGGGAGCGAUUCACGACGAAGCACUUGACCACCUUGCCCAUCCAAUGCUUGCCGACUACCUCGCGGCGCGCAGCAACGAACUAGGCGAGAUGCGUCCAGAGCUCAAAGCUGCACUUGCCAAGGCCCGUUCCGUCAUUCGCGUGCCUGAAGACGUCGCUGCUGCUGUUGCUCAAGGCAAGAACGCGCUACUACAGUCACACGAAAACAUCCGCUCGAACGUUGCACCGAUCGUUGGGGACUCGCAUGCGACAUCCGCAACUGUCGUCGUUGUCGGCGUGCUCAUGGCACCACCAGUAUACGUCGUCGCGAUCUUCGUUCGCAGCCUCCAGCGUCGCAUCCAAGCGCAACACGUCGUCCUUGUCCUCAAUUUCCUCGCCAUGUGCUUCUUUGGGGCCGUUGGAGCGUCGUCUGUCGUGCUUGAUACUGACGUCCUUCGCAGUCUCCAGACGAGCAGCCCCAGUGGUUACAUUCUCUUGCAGCUCUUAACGCUCGGAUUCUUCCUUGUGCACUCUGGCACAAGCGUUCUCUUCCUCCUCUGUGCAGCACCACUCAAGGUUCAAGUUGGAGGCGCCGUGCACCUCUUGGUCUCGCUGGGUGUCGUCGCGCACUAUUAUGAGCACAUUUGGGCCAAGGCAAUGUUGGAUAUGGACCACCCGGUGCACGCUGGUACAUUCUUCGCCUACGCCUUUGUAUACCUCCUCGGUCUCGGCCCAGCACUUCUGGCUGCUGCCUACGACAAGGUGCGCGACGCCAAGCGGUCCUAGUGUGUAGCGGGCUAACCGGUACCUCGUGGUCUUGCGGCUAAAAUACAAUACCAACUGUUUGAGCAGCGA